AUGUUUAUAUUUUUGCCGAGAAAUAUAUCCUGUCUUUGCACACCAAUUCACAAACUCUCAUAUUUCUAUAUAGAUCUGUUGAGAACUGUCCCUAGCGGCGUUACUGCGAGUAUCAACAACCUUGACAACCUGUGCUCCACAACUGUGACCACAUCAAACCAACAGACACAAUCUACUUGGCCCUCGUCGACAGCUUAUACACCCACAUCCGCAGUGACUGGUAUAGGCACCCUUGAACCUAGCAGCACUGAUCCAACGGCAGUCAUUGAAACCUCGUCCGAGUCAACACCUCCGCUGUCCAAUGUCGUUACUUCCGUGAAGCUGGAAAUAACAUCACUACCGACGGCAACCGAGAAAACUGUAACGAUAUCAGCGACAUGUUCAACAUGUUCCUGCAUUAAACCCACCCCGGUAGAUCAGAACAAGUUGGAGGAAAGUCUCAGUAAGCUUAAAGAACAGCUACUCAUCAACCCUAAGAAGCUGUCUUCAUAUAAGCGAGCUUUGACGAGUGCCCCUGACGACCGCAAAUCUGCAGCUAACAUUGGCUAUAUUGGCAUCCUCGUCCUGUGUUUGGUUCCUGGGAUCAUCAUUCUGUUAGAUAUGGGCAGGCUUAUCAGGGAGUUCAAACAAUUCAUUAUACGCCUCAGAAACUCUCAACGCACAACCGCAAAAAUUACUCCAAUCGAACGCACCUGAACACGCUUGACAAUUACAAAUUUUCAUGUGAUUAUGGGAUAUUUCUCUCUCACUGACUCCGAAGCAUUUGGCGUUUCUGUGCAACGUGUUCUUAGUCAAUCAGCUUCCUCAAAAUCCAGACUCUUUAAUUUAAACGGCGGUAUCUUGAAUUGUUAUGUUCACUGCAUACAUAUUCAGCCGUCUUUUCCAUGUCAGAUUCCAUUUUUAUCUCUCAAUAUAUACGAUGACAGCAAAACUACAGUUUGAAUAAGCAGAACUUUAGAUUUGGAAAAAUAUUCUGCAGAUCAAACAUACAAAAAAAAAUAAUGUACUGUCGAUUUCAUAAAGAGGCUUAAUACAAAUAUUUUAGAUGUUUAGAAAUUUUACACAAUUGCAAUAUUCUGCAGACCUCAAUUAUACAAAUUAUUUGAUAUUUUAUUCAAGCUGUCGAUAUUCUUUUACUACACAGCACCUACAUGCAACCUUCUUCAUAACUGGUUUUCUAGCAUUACUUGCGAGGUUUAACACGUUCCCUAUAAGUUAAUUUGACGGAAAAACUACCCUAGUUAUUGCGAAAACACUAAAUCUGUGACGGGGUAGCAGUGGAUAUAUGCCUGAAGCUUAUUAAUCUGCCAAAGGUUAUUACUAAAUAAAAUACACAGAAAUUGAAAAGUUUCACGUAACUGAAUUAGAACCUUACACUUGAAGUAACUUUGUACUGCAUUUAAUGACUUUAAACAAAAGUUUGAUUAUAAAGCUAACAGGCACAAAAGCAAAUAAAAGGAUAUCUUUUCAGGAGAAAAGUCUCCAUCUAAACUAGCGUUUUGACCUGUGAAUUUUUCGUGUGUUGAAAUAUAAAAAGCCAAUAAAAAUAAACUUGCCUUCUUUGAAAUGAUUAUCAUAAAGUAUAAAUCAACAAGAAAAUAAACAUGUUCUGAGGUAGAACACAAUAGAAGGGUUGGUCGGGGCUAGCUAGUAUACAGACCAGUGGGGGUCGGGGCUUAGCUAGUAUACAACCCAGUGGGGUCGGGGUUUAGCUAGUAAACAGACCAACGGGGGUCGGGGCUUAGCUAGUAUACAGACCAGUGGGGGUCGGGGCUUAGCUAGUAUACAAACCGACGGGGUCGGGGCUUAGCUAGUAUACAGACUAACGGGGGUCGGGGCUGAGCUUGUAUACAGACCAGUGGGGGUCGGGGCUAAGCUAGUAUAUAGACUAACGGGGUCGGGGCUUAGCUAGUAUACAGACCAGUGGGGUCGGGGCUUAGCUAGUAUACAGAACAACGGGGGUCGGGGCUAAGCUAGUAUACAUACCAGUGGGGGUCGGGGCUUAGCUAGUAUACAGACAAGUGGGGUCGGGGCUAAGCUAGUAUACAAAACACUGUUGAUCAACAUAUUAUGCAUGUCCAUUGUUCGUCACACAUGAUCAUCAACAAAACACAGCUGCAUGUAUUUCUUAUUUAAUGUGUUGUUAUACUUAUGUAAAUAUCGCUCAAUUAUGUACAGGUAUGUAUAUGUAACACAUAUAGGUUUAAGCUUAAAUUCGGCUGUGUAGUUCAAUUGUUUGUUUCAUAUAAACAGUAUGCACAUUCGUUUUUGUUAUUAAGCCACAUUCUGUGUGUCAUUCUUGUAUUAGAUGAGGCAGUGGAUCUAUUUAAUGUUUGUAUCAUCAUAAUUGUAUUGUUUUGUUUCAGUUUUGUUAUUAAUGCAUGAAACAGUGUGUCUAUUCCAUUUUUUAAUUAUAACACAAAUAAUGUUUCAUUCUUUUAUGAAAGUCCUUUCUUCCCUUUUGUUGCUUUGAUGAAUAUACUGGAUAUUAUGCUUCAUUCUUGUUAUUCAUAAGGCAGUGUGUCUAUUCCAUUUUGUGUUAAAACACAAAAACUAUUUCAUUUUUUUAUAUCACAAUGUGUCUAUUGCAUUAUUGUCUUUUCUAGGUGUUUUACGGAACAUUUCAUAUUUGUGAUUUAUUAUACAUUGUGUCGUUUCCAUUCUUAUUAUGAAAUAUUUGAUAUUCUCUUCCUGUGAUUCAUGAAACAGUGUGUCUUCUCCAAGCCUUUUCAUGCUACAUAUAGGGUUAUAUUUUUGAUGCAAGACACAGUGUGUCGAUUCCAUUUUUGAUUUAUGAUUCAUAUAAUUUUCGAUCUAAUGAUUCAUGACACAGUAUGUAUAUUUCAUGUUUUUUAUUAUAAUAC